AUGGUUACCAGGAAGCCCGUCGCCCCGACCAUCUCCACCGCUCAGGCGACGAACCCUGCCAAUGCCGCUCCUCCUUACCCCCAGACGCCCACCGCCGAGUCGGCCAAGACGUCCAGUAGCGUCUACUCCCAAGACUUGAAGAACAGCCCGGCGUUUGACCUGAUCGAUAUGGACGAGGCCCAGAAGAGGCCGAGAAGAGACUCAGAUGUUAGCUCGCAUGGGACGUGGGACUCGGAUGGCACAGAGAGGGACGACGAAACCGGCGAGGACUAUGUCGAUGUCCCUUCGCCCUUGAAGCUCAGGAACAGUCAGCAGAAUGAUAAAGAGGGAGCAGAUGGCAAGAAGGAUAAUGAGCUGCCCGCUGCUCUGAGGCCUGGGCCGGCGAAUGGGGCUGUCGUCGGUACAAGAGCGCAGGAAAGCAAACAGUACGAGGAGGAAGCCCAGAGUAAUCCUUGGCAGCUGGAAUCGAACAACCCAUACCUACAGAAGACUACGCAGGCGAACGGACAUGUCGACAACAGCCAGAAAGUGUGGGAACAGCCUGUGCAAAGUCACCCACACCAACCAUCCUAUGCUCCUCCGCAACCGCCCAGUGCACCGCCGCCUGUACCACCUGUAGAGUUGCCUACCAUAAGAUCGCCUACAGAAGAGCUGUCAAAACUGUCCUUGGGCGAGAGCAGGACGUCGGCAGGGACUGCAGCAUCAUAUGAGACUGCUGAAGUGUUACCAGUACCUCAGCAAGGGCAGUCACCAUUUCCUCAUCCUUCACAACCUAUACCGCCUGCUCUUCCAUCCACGAAUCCCUGGUCUGACGAUGAAGGACAUGCGCCUCCUGCGGCCCCACCAAAAGAAGCGUUGUCUCCUAUCGCCCCCAGACCGAUAUCCGAAUACGAGCCUCCUCCUGGUCCACCUCCAUCACAGCAGGCCCCGCCGACUCCAGCAAGUGCCGGUCCCUUGAUUGACCACGCUGAGCCACCUAGACCUCCUCCAAUAUCUACCCAAGCUCCCACCCCGCAAUCCCCAGGCUCAGUCCCAGAGACGCCAAACACUCGAGAUCGGCGGCAAAGGAGCGAACACUACCAGAUCAAGCAUGUCAACUGGUUUGACUCGUCGUCGGGCAAGGCUGGCAUGCGGAGAUCGCCCAUUCUUACACAAAACGCUAAUGGACCUUGUCCACUACUAGCACUGGUCAACGCUCUUGUACUAUCAACACCACAGAAUUUGGACACUGCACUAGUUGAGACCCUGCGAACACGAGAACAAGUCAGUCUGGGGUUGUUACUGGACGCUGUGUUUGACGAGCUCAUGUCGGGACGCAGAGGUGAUACUGCCCAUCAGUUACCUGACGUAGGUGACUUGUAUGCUUUCUUGCUGGCAUUGCAUACAGGCAUGAACGUCAACCCUCGCUUUAUAACACCAGCAACCACGCCACGAGGAUCGUUAGAUGGCCACCCACCGGAAUUGCACAGCCUGCAUCCUUCUGAACGCUCACAGAACAAGCCCGGCUGUUUCGAGGAGACGAGGGAAAUGCGACUAUACAGCACAUUCAACGUGCCUUUGAUCCACGGCUGGACCGCACCGAAAGAUACCCCUGCUUAUGCUGCUUUCAAUCGAAGUGCACCCUCAUUUGAAGACGCCCAGAACAUCCAAUUCGCUGAAGCAGAGCUUGAAGAUAAAUUGCGAACUGAAGGUCUAAGUUUCCAGGAGCAACAGACCCUCGAAGACAUUCACACAAUCAAGAGCUUCUUGCAAACAUGGCCAACUCAGCUCACAGACUAUGGCUUGGAAACCAUCUCUCGAAGUCUCAAGCCAGGACAAAUCGCAAUCUUGUUUCGCAACGAUCACUUCAGCACACUGUACAAGGAGCCCAGACAUGGGGCCUUGAUGACGCUGGUAACGGAUGCCGGAUACAGCUCACAUGACGAAAUCGUGUGGGAGAGUCUGGUUGACGUGAAUGGUGCUGCAAGUGAGAUGUUUAGUGGCGACCUCCGCACUGUGAGCCAUGGUUCGGACUCGAGGAUGAACCAGAGCAGCUCCGCUGGAGGGAAUGAAGGCAGGCAGACGGUACAGAGUAGGUAUCGAAAUAAGCGGCAGUCAGCGCAGAACGGCGCUGCGGAAGAAGCGCCCCCUCCCUUGCCUGGACCACGGCCCCUUUCCCAUACGGAACCAAAUGCAGGUGCGGCAAACAACGGACCACCACGCACAGCAAGCGAGCAGGAGGAUCAUGACCUGGCACUUGCACUUCAGCUCCAAGAAGAGGAAGAAGACCACCAAAGACAAGUUGAAGAGCGCCGCAGACGGGAACAGCAGCUGUCAGAACAAUUCCUUUCCAACGAGAACGAACGACCUCCAGCAAUUCCACCUCGGCGAAAUCAACGAUCUCCACGAACAAGCCAGACAAACAUUCCCAUCAGUGAAGGCAGGAACAGACAGAGCAGUGCGCCCCAGGCACGUCCUGCGGUUCAUCGACCGGCCCAAAACGAAGAUCCAGACGCACCGCCAUCCUACGAACAAAGUGCUUCUGACAGGCCAUACCGACCUGCAGGAGCCACCGCGCCGCCCUCGCAAGGAAACCCACUCAACACCUUGGACGCCCUGCGUAGACAGCAGUCGGCGUACGGGCAGCAGAGUACUACUUCCGUCAACAGCAUCCCAGGUUCCCCUGGGCAUGGCCGACGGCCUUCAGGUAAUAGACUGCAGAGACGCUCGAGUCAGAUGAAUCCUGACAUUGGCCCUUCAGGUCCUGCGCCGGCUUAUCCCGGUCGAAUGAAUCAAGCGGCCACGGUCAAGGAUGCCGAGAACGAUAAAUGUGUCGUGAUGUAG